GCAGGUGUGAGCCGCCAGUCAGCGGCGGGGCGGGGCGGGCGCGAGGCCAGCCGGCAGCCCGGACCGCAGCCCCCGCUCCCUGCGCGCCGCGCCUCCGCCCGGCGGCCGUCCCUGCGGCCGCGCGUGCCUGAGUCCCUCGGCGGACGAGCCCGCAUCCUGCCAGCGCCCGCCGGCUCGGCAUUUCCAUCCUCAACGGACAGGGCUGAACUAGAUCUGCUCUCAGGGCCUCUUCUCAGGGGCCAGAAGCUGUCAUCUCGCCCCUCCUGAGACAUCUUUGCUCCAGGACCCAGGUGAUCCUCAGGUGACAAGGUGACGAGUUCUCACGUCCCAUUCCAGCAGAUUUGAACAGCACGAUGGGGUGCAAAGUUCUGCUCAACAUUGGCCAUCAGAUACUGCGGCGGAAGGUUGUGGAUUGCAGCCGGGAGGAGAGCCGGCUAUCUCGCUGCUUGAACACUUUUGACCUGGUGGCGCUGGGGGUGGGCAGCACGCUGGGUGCCGGCGUGUAUGUCCUGGCUGGAGCUGUGGCCCGUGAGGAUGCGGGCCCUGCCAUUGUCAUCUCCUUCCUGAUCGCAGCGCUGGCCUCGGUGCUGGCUGGCCUCUGCUACGGCGAGUUUGGUGCUCGGGUCCCCAAGACAGGCUCGGCCUACCUCUACAGCUAUGUCACUGUUGGGGAGCUCUGGGCCUUCAUCACUGGUUGGAACUUAAUCCUCUCCUAUAUCAUUGGUACUUCAAGUGUAGCAAGAGCCUGGAGUGCGACAUUUGAUGAGCUGAUUGGCAAACCCAUUGGGGAGUUCUCGCGGACACACAUGGCUCUGAAUGCCCCUGGAGUGCUGGCCGAAAACCCAGACAUAUUUGCCGUGAUCAUCAUUCUCAUCUUAACAGGACUUUUAACUCUCGGUGUGAAAGAGUCGGCCAUGGUCAACAAAAUAUUUACUUGUGUCAAUGUUCUGGUCUUGGGCUUCAUUAUGGUGUCAGGAUUUGUGAAAGGAUCAAUUAAAAACUGGCAACUCACAGAGGAGGAUUUCCAGAACUCAUCCAGUAAUCUCUGCUUGAACAAUGACACAAAACAAGGGAUAUUUGGUGUUGGUGGAUUCAUGCCUUUUGGAUUCUCCGGCGUCCUGUCAGGGGCAGCAACCUGCUUCUAUGCCUUCGUGGGCUUUGAUUGCAUCGCCACCACAGGUGAAGAAGUCAAGAACCCUCAGAAGGCAAUCCCUGUGGGGAUUGUUGCAUCUCUCCUGAUCUGCUUCAUUGCUUACUUUGGAGUGUCUGCUGCCCUCACGCUCAUGAUGCCAUACUUCUGCCUGGACAAGGACAGCCCCCUGCCUGACGCCUUCAAGCACGUGGGCUGGGAAGGUGCCAAGUAUGCAGUGGCCGUCGGCUCCCUCUGUGCUCUUUCUACCAGUCUUUUAGGUUCCAUGUUUCCCAUGCCUCGAGUUAUCUAUGCCAUGGCUGAAGACGGACUGCUAUUUAAAUUUUUGGCCAAAAUCAACGAUAGGACCAAAACACCAAUAAUCGCCACGUUGACCUCAGGUGCCAUUGCUGCUGUGAUGGCCUUUCUCUUUGACCUGAAAGACUUGGUGGACCUCAUGUCGAUUGGCACUCUUCUGGCUUACUCUCUGGUGGCUGCCUGUGUGCUGGUCUUACGAUAUCAGCCAGAGCAACCUAACAUGGUAUACCAGAUGGCUAGAACUACCGAUGAGCUCGAUCAAGUGGACCAGAAUGAAUUGGUGAGCACCAGUGAUUCCCAGACAGGCUUUUUACCAGAAGCAGAACGGUUUUCUUUGAAAACCAUACUCUCACCCAAAAAUAUGGAGCCUUCCAAAUUCUCCGGGCUGAUUGUGAACAUUUCAACCAGCCUCAUAGCAAUUCUUAUCAUCACCUUCUGCAUUUUGGCUGUGCUUGGAAAGGAGGCUCUGACAAAAGGGGAGUUGUGGGCAAUCUUUGUGCUUACCAUAUCUGCACUUCUCUGCUCCCUGGUCACAGUCAUCAUCUGGAGGCAGCCUGAGAGCAAGACCAAGCUUUCGUUUAAGGUGCCCUUCUUGCCUCUACUUCCCGUCCUGAGUAUCUUUGUGAACGUCUAUCUCAUGAUGCAACUGGACAAAGGCACGUGGGUCCGGUUUGCAGUGUGGAUGCUGAUAGGCUUCAUCAUCUACUUUGGCUAUGGUUUGUGGCACAGCGAGGAGGCGUCCCUGGCCACCGACCAAGCAAGGACUCCUGAUGGCAAUUUGGACCAUUGCAAGUGACACGCAGCCCUACUCCCAGGGGUGGCAGCAGCCCAAGGGAUGCCCGCAGAGGUCCUGGGAGCACCUUGCUCCCCCCACCAGUGCAUCAGGACCCACCCACAUCUACAGAGCCCCAAUGCAGCAGAAGGUGCAGCUACUUGAAAUGCAGCCUCGGCCCACAACCCGUGUGUCCUGCCUAGACUUGCUCCUUGGCAGGUGCACCACGUCCCAGUCACCUCUGACAGCUCCCUGGUGGGGGCCACUUGGCUGCAGCUGGCCACUGUGGCUCCUGACAUCCCUCUGAACAAAGCAAGCGGCUCCCGUCCUCACCAGCUCCGUGCCCGUGCUGCUGCGUCCUCAGGUAGAAUGGAGGUCACCUUCUCUUGUUACUUUGAGAAGCCAGGCCUCCCUCCCCAGGGACCAUUCUGGUAUUAAAAACAUCCAAACUCCAGACUUUCAGUAGCCAUCUCCCCACUCAGCCCCAGAGGCCAACCGUAGAUGCAAGACAAGUACUCCAGAACAGUCUGUCCCCAGCAGUUCCCCAGAGCCAAAGGACAGCAGUAUACUUUAAAAAGGAAGAGUAAGACUGGUUUCCUUCUCCCACUCCUGUUUUCUGAAUCGCUUCCAGAAGUCAUUAGGACUGUAAGCCCUCCCCUACGCCUGCUCCCAGGCAGGGGCAUUGCUCUGACUCUCUGACAGGACUGGGCAUGCUUAGUACUAGGGGCAGGUGAGGAAGAAGGGGGCACUGCUGUGGGUACAGGGCAGGAGGGCCGAGGGCCCUGGGCGCCAGGGGAUGUUCUUCAGCCAUACUCCCUCCACUUGCCGCUUCUGGGAUCUCUCACCCACACCCCAGGGUUCUGAGUCACUGGAAUGUGGCCCUGUGUGCAUGUGGGACUGACCUUAGAUUAGCAGAGCUUAGAGCACUGUUUUCUGUGGGUCUUUGCCAAUCACUAAAUCCUGCCCUCUGAUGCUUGCAGGUCAGUUUCUUGAGUCUUAUGAGGUUCUGGAGGCAGGUAUCCACUCAUUCUGAGGUGAUGGUGGCCGGCCCUGACAUCAUCUGUGUGGCCCCCCUCUCACGUAUCAUCACUCUGAGUCCUCCUGUUAGCGUCUGUGAAUCACUCCAAGUUCAAUUGGCACUUAGUGUUAACUUGAAAAAUAGCCAAAUAUUGCUCAGUGUGUUGCUCUGAGCAUGGGGUCUGCACACGAGAAUUUGGGGUCAUGUUGCUGUCCCUGCCGUUAUCUGUUGUCCAAAUGUUGGGGUUUGUAUCUGGGUUCAUCACCCUGCCCCGGACCUCCUGCUUCUGUAAGUCGAGGAACCAGCUUGGGGCCCUGUACACAGUGUGCUCCCUCCCAUAUGCUGGCACACUCUGUGGCUCACACACACUUUGAGGACGGGGCCCGAGAAAGAAGAAUGCUGACAGAGUCUUCCUUCCAAUUAGACUGCGGCUCCAGAGACAGAAGGGCCCCGUGCUGAUGGGAGGUGAGGGUGGGGGAAGGCCUGUGGACACCCCAGAAAAUGCAGAUGCUGCUUUUGAAGCUCAGACUCCCAUUUCUUCCCUGGUCUUUGACACAAAUCUGGUAGAAAGAAGCCUGGUAAGUUGAUGGCACUUGUCUGAUCUCCCUCAGUAAGUCUGGAGAGAAUUGCAAGAAUUUGUGAAAUGGCCAAAUGGCAGUGGUGGGUGGAGGGCCGGUUGGGCGGGUGGCCAAGGCCCUGAACACCUUGUUUGCUGGAAGCUUUUAUUCUGUCAUUUGUGAAUGUUACAGAGGGAAGAGCAUAAGAGCCCCAAGUGUGGGUUUCCAAAGAAAGGUAUUUAAAUUUAUGUAGAUUGGUGCUGUACAAUAUUUUGAUAAAUAUUAACUUAUUUUGUUGGGGUUUUGGUCGUCUGCUGUCUUAGGGUUUGUUAGCUAUUUGUUUGCUUGAUUAGUCUGUUAUUUUUCCACAUAGGCAAAAAGAACUUGAGGGUAAGAGAAUAUUUGAGAAAAAGUGCAGGAGAGAAUUUUUUUUUCUUUUUUACUUUAAUUCCUUUUUUCUGACUGAAAUUUCUGUGCGAGACAGCACACAAUAGACUGUGCAUACAGUUGACAUUUCAGCUGGCAACAUGUAUCCUUCUACCAACUGACAAGGUAUGUUUUCCUGAUAACAUCCCACAGAAUGAGAAGCUCCUGGCGUGUCAGGAUCCCCCCCAAAGUGGGAAGUGCCUCCAGUAGGCUCACCAGCUUAGUAGUGAGAAGCCCCUGCCCUGCCACUCCCCCCGUUAUGGGCAGGAGCCGCCCAUUUGGAAAAAGACACCUGAAGGUGCCACAGAGAUAGUUCUCAUGGUCACUGUGCUUUUAGUGAGAAGCUUUUGUGCAGUUGCCAGGGAAAAGUUCUCUGUAUGAGGGUGGUGAUGUAAAGAGUGGUAUCUGGAGUAAGUCUCCCCACGGUUGAGAAGCUUUUUCUUAUCCCAUUCUUUAUUCCUUCCCCCCAAAUAAACUCACAUACACACACACAGGCACAUACACGCAUGUGUGCAGGCAAGAAAUAACCACCAGAAGCACCCAACAUUUGGCAUCCGUAGCCCUCAAGCAAGAAUAUGAUUCUCUGUUUCAUGGCUUGGCCAGUAUUUUCCUACAUCAUCAGAGACACACACACCCUUUGGAAAUGUGUCUGCUUUUAUCUGUGGUCCAGCCCCAAAUACCCACAUUGGAAAAGACCCAUUUGUGUCCAGUAAGCACCCCUCCCCGCCUCCUGCAGUGUCCCCACUCUGCAUGUUUUUGUGACCCCUUGAAGACUCACGAAGACUCAACUGAACUGUGGAGCCCCAGGAGCUCUGCUGAAGAGUGAAGGGUGUGAGAGGGUCUCCAGGGAAGCAGUCAGACCCCGUGGGCCAGUGAGGCUGAGCCUGCUUCUAGGAGGGGGGCCUUCGGGGGGAUAGUGGGCCUCUGCACACCCCUCAGCUCACCUCCUUUCAGCCUAACUUUGGGCCUUAUUUGUUUUUCCAAACCAAUAGGGAGAUGUGGGUAGUGCCAUCUUUCCUAGGGUGUUUGGAAAGACUGCUAAAUCGAUAUUGUCAGAACCCCCCCACCCCAGCUCCCCUACUUGUGGUUUUGUUCCACUGCGUCAUUUCUGUCAAGAGAUCAGCCUCCUGGUCCCAUGUGCUGAUACUGGGCUUGGGGUUUCACAGGCAUCCUGCCUGCCCUGUGUCCUCAGGUGACUGCAGCGUUCUGGGGGCUUCACCCAACCAGGGUUCCUGCGGCUCUGGUGUGCCCCCUUCUGCACCUUCGGUGCAGCCUGUGCCCAUACCUGGAUGAGGCACCUGGCCCUUGUUUGUUGGGCUUCACGCAUGGCAGCAGGUGCCAACUGGGCCGUACGCUCUCUUCCCGCGACUGAGCAGGUGUUCUGAACGGAGUUCUGUAGUCUGCACAGGAUGGCCUCUGGCUUAACACCACAUUUGCAGCUAUGAGCACAGGGUCAGAGACUGAGUUCCUUGGGUGAGUGUGGAUAUGCCUUGUAAAGGCCCCGGCCAGAGCGUAGGCAGGCUUAUGGGCAUUUGAGGGGCCUCGCCAAAUGGAAUACCUGCUGGCUCUGUGCCAGGACCCAGCUCCUCUGAUUUGCAUGUCCCACUUCCACACAUCUCAUAAAAGCUGAUUGUUCUGCUGGCGCCCAGGAGUCAUCACCAUGAAGACGGGAGUAGGGGAUGUUGGUGCCAGGCCCCAUUACCGACGUGCUCUAGCACGGAUGGAGAGGUGUGUCUGCUGGGCACAGGUGUGUGACACUUGUGUGCUUCUGUGUGGGACUGUUACAGAGUUGCCAGCAGAUGGAGCUAAAUGUGUUGCGUCUGACUGUUAUAUAUAAUUUAAGGUAUACAUUUGACAUCAUAAUGAGAGUAUUGUAUGUAAGGCUUCUUAGGGAGAGUGAGAUACACAUUUUGUGGACCCCCCCCCUUUUUUUUGUAAUGAAAUGCUUUAUCGAUCCAGUGUGCAAGAAGCUACAUUUCAUCACGAUUCUUAAUGGGUUUUUAAGGCAAAAAAAAAAAAAAAAAAAAAGUUAACUGACUUUGAUAGUCUUUUUGUGCCCGUUGCUUCACUGAGUGGCAGUGCUCUUUCAAGAGGGACAGGGACUGGCCAGAGGUCUCCGGGCACAGGUUUCAAGGAACCCUCCUGGAUGACCCUGUAAGCGUGCUGAACCGCUGGCUGAAAAACCCAUAUGAGAUAAAGAUCUCGGCUGUGAAGUCCAACCAAUUGAUUUUCUCAGGGUAUGAGCGUGUCCAGCAGGGUCAGGAAGCAGGGCUAGGAAGAUGCACUUGACUUUGUUAAGUAAUUAACAAGGUAUAUGAUUUUGUGUUUCUCGAGGACAGACUUUUUUAAGUUUGGGACUUAUUUUCCCACUUGAAAAGUUGUAAUAUAUAUUUAAAGUGAGUUUCCCGCUUAAGUUGUGCCUUUCAGUGUCGAUGGGUCUAAGAAGCACAGAAGGUGAUGACCGCAAUGAGGGCUGGUUUAUUAUCAAACCUGAAAAGCUGUGGUUUCUCCAGUAAACUUUUCCUUCUACUGAUCAUGGAGCCAUUAAUAAGAGAAUUGUGUUUAUUAUGUAAAAUUGUAUAAUAUUUUUUUGCUCGUUUGAUGUUCUAUUUUUCUAAUAGUUUUCUUAUAGUUUCUUAUAAUCUAGAUUUAGAUUCUGAUGCCCCCUGCAAACCAGGCUAUCUCUGCUGGCCCCUCCUAGUUUUUAUUUUAAGGACAAGCAUAGAUGUCCAUCGCCUUUUAAAAAAUGUGAACUCUGCUCUGUAUCCCAUUCGUGCUGACAAUACAGUAUGUUGACAACUCCCUACUAUAUGUUGUAAAAUCAAAUUAUUUUGUGGUACAUUAUCUCAUGCUUCCGCAAACUCUAAUAAAUUCUGUAUAUGGCUUCAGUA